AUGGGUCGAAGUACAUAUUAUCGAACCUCCGACCAAUGUAACUCCAAAUGGAAUCUUAUGAACAAAGUCGUCACACAUUGGAAUGAAAUUUGCACAAAUUAUGAGAAGCAAUGGGCUAGCAGAGAAAGUAAAGCGAGUUUGUUGAAAAAAACACACGCAACAUUCCAAGAUGAUACACAAAAGUAUUUUAAGUUUAUUCAUGUGUGGGAAGUUGUCAAAAGAAGCCUUAGGUGGAGGGAACUUGCAACACAUGAAGAAAUUGCAAAUCCACCAAAAAGAAGCCGGGCAUCUUCACAUUCGAGCUCGCAACAAGUCUCAUCGGAUGGUCAUGUAGGCGCUAAUCUUAACGAUGAUGACAAUGACAUUGAAGAAAUACGCCUGCCUCCUCGUCUAAUGGGAAGAAAUACGCCUGCCUCCACGUAG